UGUAGCAAAUUUCAGGUUCCUGUAACUGUAAUCAUGAAACUAACCGCUCCUCCUCUGCUGCUGCUUCUCACUGCUUGUGUGGUCAGUGGUGCACUGCUGCCCAAGGCCUUAUGGCAGUUUGGGAAGAUGAUCGACUGUGCCCAGCCUGGGGUUAACCCUCUAAUGUACAACAAUUACGGUUGCUGGUGCGGCUUCGGGGGUACGGGAACCCCCCGAGAUGAAGUGGACAUGUGCUGCAAAAUUCACGAUAAAUGCUAUCAGGCGUGCAGAAAGAUUCCUGAAUGCACUGCUAUUGCCGACCUUCCUUAUAUUCUUGUUUAUGAUCAUACCUGCGAAAAUCAAAAAGUGACCUGCUCAGCUACCAACAAUAAGUGCCAGGCCGCUGUGUGCGAGUGUGAUCGUGCUGCAGCUCACUGCUUUGCGCAGAAUACAUACAACCCAGAAAACAAGAACCUGGAUCCCAAAGUUCACUGUGUCGACUGAGUCACACAAACCACCACAACAGAAAGUGUGAUUUGUCACUUGUCACUUUCUCUGUCUUUCUUAUUUUUAUAGAUCUCAUCAAAUUGGUGUUUGAUUUUUUUAAAGUAUCAAUUUGAUCAUUGAUCCACAAGUUUGAUCUCAGUUAACAGAAACUUUCAAUAUCAUUAGAAAAUGUAAAAUAAAUAAACUGGCAUCAGGAUGAUACUUAGGUCCAGUUUCAGCAAAGCAACCACACAACAACCAGUGAGUUUUUAUUUCAGAAUAAGAGCAUGGAUCACACCUCUGUCUGUAGAGGCUUGUAUAGAAAAGUGGUCACUUUUUUUAGGAGUGAUCGUGGGAACUGCUGCAAGUGCUAGUGUUUUACUCAGCUGAGUGUUGGAAAGCGCCAAGGGUGGCCUGGGGUGGUUAAUUAGAGUUGAAGACGCCAGGAUCCUAUUAAUUCACACAAUCUCCAGUUGCUGUAUAUUAAUUUACAAACUGCAUUAAUAAAGACAGCUGUAAUGUAAAAAAAAAUCAAACUGCACAGGUGCUCCUUGAUGGUCGUCUCUUUUCAGUUUUCAGAAUGUGUGCGCUUGUGUAAUUAAAACAAAUGAACUUAAAUAAAUAGUGUCAUCUCUAGUCUUUGCCUUGGCAGAGGGCAGAAAUACAGAGAGUUACUGGACUGGUAGCUAUUAUUUUUAAUCACCCCAUUUUAGGUCUUUUAACUGUUAAGUAUCAGAAAGUCAUGUACGAACAUCUGGACUGAUGAGACCGUGUAUUUUAAAGGCUGCUUUUUCUCACCAGCACAAGGACCAAAAGAUUCACAGAAAGGCUAAAUGGAGAAACUAGUCCGAUAGUUAAUCCCAUCGUUAUUAGGAAAAGGAAUGCAGCGAGGAAAUGGAAGUGAAACGAUUUCAUGGUCCUUGGUUUUGGACCCAGGGAUUUCUCUUAUGGACUUUGAAUUCUUGUUACCAUUUAACACGCCUUUUGGUUCUUAGUUUGAUCAAUAUUGUUUAUUCUUGAUCGUCACUUUUAAAGGAUUUUGAGUCUUAGUUCUUUGUUUCAGUUUCUGGUUUGGUUGUUUCCUCUAGCUCCAUCACCUUUUGUUUUUAUUGUUUCCCCUUGUCCGUUGUAGAGUCAUCCCACAUAGCUGUGUUUCCUUGUCCUGGUUCCUCUAUGCUUCCUAGUGUUUCCUGCAUGUUUGCAUUCCCUGAGUUUCCUGUGUUAUUAUAAUAAUGUCUCCUGUUUAUUUGCAUUCCCUGGCUUAACUUUCCAUUUUUUGGAUUGUGUUUAUCUUUGGACUAUCCAGCAUUAAAUGCUCACCUUAUGUUUA